UAACUAGCACUGUACACAUGACCCGAAGGAAUCAAAGUUUGGAUAUAUGUGCAUAUGGAUUAUGAUUAUGUCAAAAAUUUAGAACUGCUUUUAAUAUAUGUUCAUGCAAACUCUGGAUGGCAAGAGGUAAUAAGCAUUAACAAUACAGAAGCAGAAACAGUUAGGCAGAUAUUGAGAACUGUAUUUUUCAGAAAUGGUGUUCCAGAAACAUUAUUGCACAGUUCUUCACUCAAGAAGAUUUCUUAAGCUACUGGCUUUAUGGAUAGACAAACAUGGUGACUGGAGAGUGCCAGAUGGUUGUGCUUCAAAAAUUCCAGCUGAGAAAGGAGCUUCACCUUCUUAUGUGCCAACUACGAUAAUAUCUGAUGAACGUCCAACAACCACCAUGAAAGCUAUGGUUGAUGAUUAUUGGAAAGCUUCUGAUUUCAAUGGCCCCAAAGAAGUUUCUAUGAAGUUGUUGACUGCACUUGAGGAAUCUGGAGCUUACAUGGUUAGAGAGAGUGAAAAUAAAGUAGCCCCCAAGACCUUACUUGUUUACUGUGCUGAAUUAAAAAGAACUCAAAAGUAUCAAAUCUUUUAUGAAGAUACUCCAAAACCAAAAUAUUAUCUUAAAAAAGGAAUUGAAUUCAGCUCUUUAGAAGAGCUUAUUUAUCAUUAUUUUUAUCAUAGUAUAUCAAAUGAAUAUGAGUCAAAGCUGUUGAUACCUUAUACAUACGUACAAAACUGGGAAGCUGUUCUUGAAAAAUGUAUGCAAGAAGAAAAAUAACCAAAUCAGAGAUGUUUCACAGUGUUCAUGUCUAUAAACAUUUUUAUCAUAUCCUCAGUAUUGACUUAUCUAAUCAGGUAUCACACUUUACUUAAUACUAAAAUAUCUGAAAUACUUUUUAAAUAGAAAUAAAUGAAACAGUAAUAAAUGAAUACAUCAAAAAGUUUAAAUAAUUAGUAUAUUUAUGGUAUUCCUUAAAGAAAAAAAACUAUGGAACUAACUAUUGCUUACUUUUGGGGUUUAUUGAUGAUUAAUGUCUUACUGGCUUAAUUACUAGUAAGCACAUCUACACUGGAAAAUUAAUACAGUUCUAACAAAAGUUCAUCAUAUUAGAAAAGCUCUGGACUUAUUUAAGAAAAUAAAAAUGGAUGGUCUAUGAAAUUACAUUAACAUAUGGAAAGCUAUUUAAAGUAUCUAGUACCUUACAUAUUCAUAACAAGUUAGCCAAAUCAAUGACACGGAAUAAAAUAAACAAAUAUUGAACAUUGGCAUAUGAGAUAACUUAUUCAGUUAUGUAAAUUGUUGUGAAAAGCAACAGAAACAUUUAUUGACUUAGGUGUGGAUGAUAAUGAUAUAGAUUCAAGGAAAUUCUACUAUAUAGGUUAAACUUCUCAAAAUGCCAGCAAGUUUUAAUAAAAUUUAAUCAAUUACUAUUUUAAAAACUA